GUACCUGGGACUACAGGCAUGUGCCACAACGCCCGGCUAAUUUUUGUAUUUUUAGUAGAGAUGGGGUUUCACCAUAUUGGCCAGGAUAGUCUUGAUCUCUUGACCUCAUGAUCCGCCUGCCUUGGCCUCCCAAAAUGCUGGGAUUACAGGUGUGUGCCACCGCGCCUGGCCGGCUUAUUUUUAUUCACAGUAAACCUUCAACAACUCAUUCUCUCCACCAGAUGGCAUUUCUCUGUAAAUGAAAUGCUGACUUCGCCUCUUCGUGCUGUACGCUCAUCCCUGCACUGAGCACAGAUAUGACAAGCAGUAGCCAUGGGGGAGGUGGGUGACAAAGAUAGGAUCCCGGGAGGGAGCGCAGGUACAUGCUAGUUUCAAUUACCACAGUAUUCUAGAGGCUGGCUGCAAUGACAAGGGGGGCAAAUGAAAUCAAUGCAAGAUUUCUUAGAGAAUAAUGGGCAGACGGAAAAAUGUAAAACAACACAAAACAGGGACUGCUGGUAAUAUUUUAAAAUAUACUUAUUUGUCUUCUUUUUGCAUUAUGAAAAAAACAAAAUAAAUUUUGUGUGAUAAUUUUGAUGAUGAAAGGUGGAAGUUCUACCUAGAUUUGAAUGAGUGUUUUUUUAAGGGAAUGAGAAUGUCAUGGUGCUAAACUUGACAAAUAAGAGAUCAUUGAAAUGCUGAAAAUUUUAGCAGUCUUCUUAAAAGUAUUGAGGGGGCAAAAAUUACCAAUUACGCUAUACAAAAAUAAGCCUAUAAAUGUGUUUCACAUUGCUAACUUGAGUUUCAGUUGAUUCAGUUUGUAAUAACUAGUAAUGAGCUUCUGUUUACAAUAAAAAUUCUGUAAAUUGCUUGCUGUUAAUUUUUUAUUGGUUAUAUAUUAACUGUUUUCUACUUAGUCAUGCAAAAGUGAUGAAUUUAAAUAUGGCUUGAGAAUGGGACACUGUCAGUAUUUAUGUAAUCUCUCUGGACUCCUAGAACUCAAAGUUAGGAAGUUGUACAUUCCCAGUUUUGAAUGCCCUCCUCUCUGUGCAUUGCAGAAGGCCUCUCUCCAGUGGUGCUUCCCUGGUGUCCUAGGGGAAAGUGCACACUGUCACCAUGGCAGGAGGCCAAAGCCGGAGAUGAAAGGGUGAGGGCUGGCCACUGGGCAGCCUUGAUGGCAGGAUGGGUGGAGCCUCAAAGGUUCAGGUCUUAAAUCCUUACCUGGCUUGAUCCAGAUAUCUACCCAUUUGAAAACCACUUAGGAUACGAAGGCAUUAUGAAAAACCUCUGUUUCAGAGUCAUUACCAUAGUUAUAGGUCUUUAUUGUACUGGAAUAAUGACAAAUGCAUCAAGAAAAAGCAAUAUUUUAUUCAAUUCUGAAUGCCAAUGGAAUGCAUAUGUUCUGACAAAUUGUUCUUUUACCGGAAAGCGUGAUAUACCUGUGGACAUAUCACAGACAGCGGCCACUGUGGAUGUAAGUUUCAAUUUCUUUAGAGUUCUCUUACAGUCUCACACGAAAAAAGAAGAGUGGAAAAUAAAACAUCUGGACCUCAGUAACAAUCUCAUAUCAAAAAUAACCUUAAGCCCUUUUGCAUAUUUACAUGCUUUGGAAGUGUUAAACCUCAGCAACAAUGCCAUCCAGUCCCUCUCAUUGGAUCUACUCAGUCCUAAGUCCUCAUGGGUGAAACGCCACAGAAGCAGCUUCAGAAAUAGGUUUCCAUUGUUGAAGGUGCUCAUUCUUCAAAGAAAUAAACUCAGUGACACUCCCAAGGGACUGUGGAAACUGAAGUCAUUGCAGAGUUUGUAUCUGUCAUUCAAUGGGAUAUUGCAAAUAGGGUGGUCUGAUUUUCACACCUGCCUGCAACUGGAGAAUCUCUAUUUAAAGAGCAACAAGAUAUUCAAAAUUCACCCACAAGCCUUCAAGGACCUCAAAAAAUUACAGGUCAUAGACCUUAGCAACAAUGCUCUGACUACCAUCCUACCAAUGAUGAUCAUAGCUCUAGAAUUUCCCCAUCUAGUGGUUGACUUGGCUGAUAAUAACUGGCCGUGUGAUGAUAGUGUGGCAGUCUUUCAAAAUUUUAUUUCUGAAUCCUGGAGGAAAAAGUGGAAUGCCAUUUGCAACAGGUCUAUAGGGAGUGAGGAGGCCAACGGGGGUACUCCCCAGAGCAGGGUUUCCAGGGAAAGCCGCCUUCCUCCCAUUCAUCUGCAUCGCAUGAAAAGCCUCACAAGGACUAAAGCAGAGAGGACCCAGGGAGGGAGGCACGCGAGCAUUUCCACUAUGGGGAAGAAGGCAAAGGUCGGCUCUGGUCUCAGGGAGAAGCAGAGACGGCUGCCAAGGAGUGUUAGAAGCACCCGCGAUGUGCAGGCUGCCGGCAGAAAGGAGGACGCUCCCCAGGACCUGGCUCUGGCAGUAUGCCUGUCAGUGUUCAUCACAUUCCUUGUCGCCUUCAGCCUGGGGGCUUUCACAAGGCCUUAUGUUGACAGACUGUGGCAAAAAAAGUGCCAGAACAAAAGCCCUGGCCCUGACAACGCGUAUUCAAACAAGGGCUUCUACGAUGACAUCGAAGCUGCGGGGCACACACCACACCCAGAGACACAUCUGCGCCAAGCAUUUCCUCAUCUAAGCCUCUACGAGAACCAGACCCCUUUCUGGGUGACACAGUCACACCCACACGCCACCAUAAUUCCUGAUAGAACUCUGCGAAGGAGCAGAAAGGAUCCUGGCAGUCCGCAGAACUCAGGACAGUGCGGGGACAACACCGGGGCAGGAAGUGGAAAUGAUGGUGCAGUCUAUUCCAUUCUCCAGAGACAUCCACAUGCCGGUAACCGUGAACUAAUGUCAGCAGCGCAGGACCACAUCCAUAGGAAUGAUGUUCUCGGAGAAUGGACUUAUGAAACUGUGGCCCAGGAAGAGCCUCUCGGUGCACAUUCAGUGGGCGUCUCUUCUGUAGCUGGCACGUCUCACGCUGUCUCUGGCUCAAGCCGUUAUGAUUCCAAUGAAUUAGACCCGUCCCUCUCCGGAGAAAUGACAGCUUCCCUCUGUAAAAUGCUAACACAUGCAGAAGCACAGAGGACUGGAGACAGUAAGGAAAGAGGUGGCACUGAACAGUCACUUUGGGACUCGCAGAUGGAAUUUUCUAAGGAAUGGCAAGUGAGUUCGUACAUUGAUUUGUUGAGCACACAGCAGCCAAGACUCUCCGGGGCAAGGGCUGAGGAAGCGCUUUCAGCCCACUACAGCGAGGUUCCAUACGGUGACCCAAGAGACACAGGCCCAUCAGUCUUUCCUCCAAGAUGGGACGGUGGCCUGGAUGUCACUCCUGCUAACGAGGAAUCAGUGCAGAAAUCCACUCCUUCUGACACUUGCUGUGAGUUGGAGAGUGACUGUGACUCUGAUGAGGGGUCUCUGUUCACUCUGAGCUCCAUAAGUUCAGAGGGUGCAAGGAGCAAGACUGAAGAGGCAGCGCCUGACGAGGAGUCCCUGCAGGACGAGAGCUCAGGGGCAAGCAAGGACAAUGUGGCGGCUGUAAACAGUCUUGAGGACAAUAUCACCUUCCAAACAAUUCCAGGGAAAUGCAAGAAUCAGGAAGAUCCCUUUGAAAAACCUCUUAUUUCUGCUCCAGACUCUGGCGUGUACAAGACUCAUCUGGAAAAUGCCUCUGACACUGAUAGAUCUGAGGGCCCAUCACCCUGGCCCAGGUCACUAGGGAAUAGUCCCUUAGGGGAUGAGUUUCCGGGCAUGUUCACUUACGAUUAUGACACAGCUCUUCAAUCCAAGGCAGCAGAAUGGUAUUGCUCACUUAGAGACUUAGAAUUUUCAAAUGUGGACGUUUUACAACAAACACCACCAUGUUCUGCUGAAGUUCCCUCAGAUCCUGAUAAGGCUGCCUUCCAUGAAAGAGACUCAGACAUUUUAAAAUAAGAAUCUUUCAGUAAGGAAAUAUUCACAGCUCCUUUAAAGAUCAUGGCGGGGAAAACUAAAACCUUCACAACAAGAUCCUGAAGGAGACAACAUGAAUUCCAACCAGGUGGACACUGAUGCAAAUGAGGGUUUUGUAGGCCCACUUGAGGACGAUGAUUCUAGAAGGGUUAUAAGCUAAACACACUUGUUAACAUCCUUUGGGGAUAAACCUGCUCUUCAGUGUGAAAGAGAAAGAGGGGAAUAUUUUGAGAUCAUUCCAAGAACCAUGCACCAUUAUUACAAGAGCUCCCAAACAAAACGAGUUCACUGAGAACACAGCAGCACUUCAUCAAGAGGUUGGGGUAAAUAUUCAGAAGAGAAUCUGUUGCAGUUAGACAAAAUGAUUCUAACUUUCCUUCUUAAAUACAUACCUGGAGGAAUCUGAUGGGAUUUGGCUUUCUGAAAAGAACAGCUUUAGGAUGACAAAGACAAGGAUGUUCAACUUGAUCAUCAAAGAUAAUUCAAAUGACAUUUUUUCAUACAUAUGGAAGCACUUAAGUGGAAAUGCUGGAUAGAUUUUAAUGAAUUCUGAACACAAACUAGCACAACUUUUUGGAGGCUGAUCGUGAAACUGCAAAAUUGGAAAAAUUCUGAGUAAUUAUAAAUGUUUUUAAGUAAGUUAUGUUAAAAGAGAAGAGUGACAACUUUUUAGAACAAAGUGUAAAUUAAAAAUCAAUUUUCAAGAAAA